CCUCCUCGCGCUGGGCGCUGGGCCCCGGGCCUGGCCGGACCGAGGGCCGCGUCCUCCUGACCCGCCGCGGGAUCCCGACCGGCCCCCCCCGGCCCCGCCUGCAGCUUGCACCCGGCUUCCUUUGCCCCUCCUCGUCUGGCCCUCGCCCUGCAGACACCCCGAUCCACCUGCCUCGGGGCCGGGGAUGUCCCGACAGUGACGGCGGCGAGCCGGACCCGCGCGCCGAGAGGGCCCCGGCCCAGCGGGCGAGCGCACGCCCUUCCCCGCCCUCUUCCUCGCACUCGGAGCUCGGAAGCCGGAGCGGACGAACGCCGCCGGGGAAGAUGUGGCUGAAGCUGUUCUUCUUGCUGCUCUAUUUCCUGGUCCUGUUCGUCCUGGCCAGGUUUUUCGAGGCCAUUGUGUGGUACGAAACCGGCAUCUUGGCCACCCAGCUGGUGGACCCGGUGGCUCUGAGCUUCAAGAAGCUGAAGACCAUCCUGGAGUGCCGGGGCCUGGGCUACUCGGGGCUCCCCGAGAAGAAAGGAUGCCGGGAGCUGGUGGAGAAGUCAGGUGACUUGAUGGAAGGUGAGCUCUAUUCUGCACUCAAGGAAGAAGAAGCAUCUGAAUCUGUUUCCAGUACCAAUUUCAGUGGUGAAAUGCACUUCUAUGAGCUUGUAGAAGACACAAAAGAUGGCAUCUGGCUGGUUCAGGUCAUAGCAAACGACAGAAGUCCCUUAGUGGGUAAAAUCCAUUGGGAGAAAAUGGUGAAAAAGGUGUCAAGAUUUGGAAUACGGACAGGCACUUUCAACUGUUCUAGUGACCCCAGAUACUGCAAGAGAAGAGGCUGGGUACGAUCCACACUCAUUAUGUCUGUUCCACAAACAAGUACUUCUAAAGGGAAAGUCAUGCUUAAAGAAUACAGUGGACGCAAGAUUGAAGUAGAACACAUUUUUAAGUGGAUAACUACUCAUGCAGCUUCUCGGAUCAAAACAAUUUAUAAUGCUGAACAUCUAAAAGAAGAAUGGAAUAAAAGUGAUCAAUAUUGGGUAAAAAUAUACCUGUUUGCAAACCUUGACCAACCCCCAGCUUUCUUCUCUGCACUAAGUAUAAAGUUUACUGGAAGAGUUGAGUUUAUUUUUGUUAAUGUGGAAAAUUGGGACAACAGGAGUUAUAUGACAGAUAUUGGUGUAUAUAACAUGCCAUCAUACAUACUUAGAACUCCUGAAGGAAUUUACAGAUAUGGAAAUCACACAGGUGAAUUUAUAUCCCUUCAGGCCAUGGAUUCAUUUUUGCGCUCAUUACAACCUGAAGUAAACGAUUUGUUUGUUUUGAGCUUGGUUCUAGUUAACCUUAUGGCUUGGAUGGACUUAUUUAUCACACAAGGAGCUACCAUAAAGAGAUUUGUGGUUCUCAUAAGCACUUUAGGAACAUAUAAUUCUCUAUUAAUUAUUUCCUGGCUACCAGUGUUGGGCUUUUUGCAGCUCCCUUACUUAGAUAGCUUUUAUGAAUAUAGCUUAAAAUUGUUGAGAUAUUCUAAUACAACCACACUGGCUUCAUGGGUAAGAGCGGACUGGAUGUUUUAUUCUUCACACCCAGCCCUGUUUCUCAGUACAUACCUUGGACAUGGUUUACUAAUUGAUUACUUUGAGAAGAAGAGACGACGCAACAAUGAUGACAUCAAUGCCAAUAACUUAGAGUGGUUAUCAAGUCUAUGGGACUGGUACACCAGCUACCUCUUCCACCCAAUUGCUUCUUUUCAGAACUUCCCUGUGGAAUCUGACUGGGAUGAAGACCCCGACUUAUACUUGGAGCGAUUAGCUUUCCCUGACCUUUGGCUUCACCCCUUGAUACCAACUGAUUAUAUAAAAAACUUGCCAAUGUGGCAAUUUAAGUGUCUGGGAAUCCUGUCUGAAGAGGAAAUGUCGGCGAGUUCUCACGAUAUUGAAAAUGACUCGGAUGUCGAGAGCACAGACACUUUUAGUAGUGAGAAGGAAGUAUUUGAAGAUAAACAAAGCAUAGUUCACAAUUCUGUAGGAAGAGUAAGUCACUGUGGUGCUGAGGCUUGUUCAUGUGCCAAUAAUUAUUGUCAGACCAGCCUACAUGAAAGGAAAGGGAGGUCAUAUGGAUCAUAUAACACUAAUGAAGAUAUGGAACCUGAUUGGUUAACUUGGCCUGCUGAUAUGCUGCACUGUACUGAAUGUGUUGUUUGUCUAGAGAAUUUUGAAAAUGGAUGUUUGCUAAUGGGGUUGCCUUGUGGUCAUGUAUUCCAUCAGAAUUGCAUUGCGAUGUGGUUGGCUGGGGGCCGACACUGUUGCCCUGUUUGCCGGUGGCCUUCUUAUAAAAAAAAGCAGCCAUAUGCACAACAUCAGCCCCUGUCAAAUGAUGUCCCAUCUUAACCAUGUGCAAUUUGUCCUUUAUAAGCUUUGAGUAUCUUCAGCUUGCCUUUUUAAUGUUAGUCACAAUGUUUUUGUGGUUUGAAGUUUAGUUUAAUGUUAGUGCAGUGACAGGAAAUACACAUUAUACUAAUGUUGAUGACAAUUAUUUGGUUGCCUGUGUGUCAAUUGAAUGCAUACUUAAUUGUAAAGAUUUUUAUUUACAACAUUGGCAAUUGAGAAGUUAAUGUUUUUUGUAAGCACAAAAGAAGUAUGAUAGAAAUUUAUCCUAGCAAGACUUUAUAAAGUAGGAUCAAAUUCUAAUGAAAUUGAGGCAGUUUCUUAUCCUAAAUGUUUCCUUCCUUUUUACAAUCUCUGUCCAGCAUCUCUUGGUUAAAUAAUGUAUGCUCUGAGACAUGAAAUUAAAACAGACUAUGAAAUAAAUUAUUUUAAAACCAAAAGAUUAUAGCUUUUCCAAUGUUAAAUUGUUUUUUAUAAGGUGUCUGAAUUUUAUAGCAUUUUAUUGAUUUGUUAGUUUUACAGAUAAAGCAAAUAUGAUUCUUGACUCGUGGGGGAAAUAAAGGCAGAAAUUAUGUGCUAACACUGGCCAGAGGUGAUGUUAGUCAAUCUUAUAGGUUCAUUAGCUUUAAUGGGAAGGAAUUUUAUGAUGAGCUUUUUUUAUAAGUUUUAAAUCAUUUAUUAGUAUUUACCAUAUCUAAAUAAAAUCAACUAUAGUAAUUAG